AUGGUCGUGCUUUCAGAACACAAUCCCCUUGAAGAUCCGUUUGCUUAUCCGAUGAUUUCAUUCGUUGUCGGUACAUCAGCUAUGUUUUUAAUGAGUUCAGGAGCGCACUUGUUUAACUCCAUGUCAAGCAAGACACGCCAUGUUUGUUUCUUCUUCGAUUACGCAGCGAUCAGCGUGUAUGCCUUUUCUGCAGGCCAAGCUUUUUACUUCUACUCAAGACCUCUGAAACUAGACUGGGUAAUAUUCCGUUCGUAUCCGUCCUUCGUGGCUUUAUGUACGAUCGUGUCGUGUCUAUCGUUGUCUUCCUGCUGUGCAUCGAGACACCGCUGGAUUGGACACAAGUUUUUAAUUCGCACCGGAACGUUCAUGGCCUCAUUCUUCAUCAACACAUCACCCUAUUGGGUUCGAAUGUGGGACUGCCAAUCAGAUAUAGACUGCAAUUCUGUGUCCAUCCCCUAUUUCAAGAGGCAGGCCUUGUUCUUCGCCAUUGCUGCCCUGGCAAAUGGUAGCAGAUUACCUGAGCGACUUAUGCCCGGCGUGUUUGACUUCUGUGGUCAGAGUCAUCACUUUUUACACAUCCUGUGCGCUAUUGGUACAGUAGAUGAGUUUACAGCUCUUUAUUUGGACAUGCUAGGGAGGCGAAAGGCCCUUGAGUUGUCGCAUGUGACUCCCACGUUUGCUAAUAGUCUUCUGCUGACUACAGUGGUCUUAGUUGCUAAUGUGGCAAUUGUCUUAUGGUUUACCCGUGCGAUCAAGUCCAAUGACACUGCAUGUAAGAAAAAAACUUAA